AUGGUUGUUCCCACCUUCGCUGGCAUGUCUGGCAGGCUCUUGUCGCGUGCAGUUACCACGACUGCGACAAUGGGUUUCCUACUAUUUGGUUAUGAUCAGGGUGUUAUGAGUAGUAUCAUUGACGCUCCGGACUUCACUGAUAUACUGACCGAGUUAAGAGGCAAUGCGACUAUGCAGGGCACGGUCACUGCUAUCUAUGAAAUUGGCUGUCUUUUUGGUGCCAUCUUCAUGCUCAUCUGGGGUGACUGGCUCGGUCGUCGCAGGGGUAUCAUAACCGGUGCGACCAUCAUGAUCCUCGGUGUUAUUGUGCAGGUGACUUCUUAUGCUGGCAAUCAGCCUCUCGCGCAAUUUACUAUCGGACGUAUAAUCACUGGUGUGGGCAACGGAAUGAACACUUCUACCAUUCCCACCUAUCAGGCCGAGUGCUCUCGAACAUCAAACCGUGGUCUUCUUAUCUGUAUCGAGGGUGGUACCAUUGCCUUUGGUACACUGAUUGCUUAUUGGAUUGAUUUUGGUGCAUCAUAUGGUCCCCCUGAUGUGAUUUGGCGUUUUCCUAUUGCCUUCCAGUGUGUGUUUGGCUUAUUCAUUAUCGUCGGUAUGAUCCUUCUACCUGAAUCUCCGCGCUGGCUUUUCACGCGUGAACGCUAUGAGGAAGGUGAGAAGGUUAUUGCUGCACUCCUAGGCGCCGAACCAGACUCCCACGAGGUGACCCUACAAAAGAACAUCAUCAUGGAUUCUAUCCGCGCCUCUGGCCAGAUGGGGAAGACUACCCCAAUGUCCGCCGUCUUCACCGGUGGCAAAACUCAGCACUUCCGUCGUAUGCUCCUCGGAGUUUCGUCCCAGCUCAUGCAGCAGAUUGGUGGCUGCAAUGCUGUUAUCUACUACUUGCCUAUCCUCUUCAGAGACUCAAUCAAGCUAGAGGGAAAGCUUCCAUCUAUUCUAGGAGGUGUCAACAUGAUUGUCUACUCUAUCUUUGCCACUGCUUCUUGGUUUUUAAUUGAACGAGUCGGUCGUCGCAAGCUUUUUCUCUACGGUACCAUUGGCCAGAUGGUCUCAAUGCUCAUUACCUUCGCUUGCUUGGUUCCGGACAAGUCCGGCCCAGCUAAGGGUGCUGCUUUCGGUCUUUUUAUCUACAUUGCUAGCUUUGGUGCUACUUGGUUGCCAUUGCCCUGGUUGUACCCGGCCGAGAUCAGCCCGAUCAAGACCCGUGCCAAAGCCAACGCGCUUUCGACAUGUUCCAACUGGCUUUUCAACUUUUUGAUUGUUAUGGUUACUCCAAUCAUGAUCGAAAAGAUUAAAUGGGGAACAUAUCUCUUCUUUGCCGCGAUGAACGCCUGUUUCUUGCCCAUUAUCUACUUUUUUUAUCCCGAGACCGCCCGCCGUUCUCUGGAGGAAAUUGACCUGAUCUUCGCCAAGGGAUUCUCGGAAAAUAUCAGCUACGUGCGCGCUGCAAAUGAGCUACCUUACCUUUCUGAUGAGGAUAUUGAGCGUGUCGCUAUUCAGUAUGGAUUUGGUGCUGCUGAUGAGGGGAAGUCUGGUGACAUUAGUGACACCGCGGGGAAUACCUCGCAACCUGAGACUGCUUAA